CUUCUCUCUUAACAACCCACAGAGCUUCAAUUUUCCUACCGUUGGUUCAAUUCGAAACGACUCUCAAUUCUCACAAAAUGGAAUUUGAAAACGAUUCAUCAUUGUCCUCAUCAUGCCAACUCUCUCCAGGCAAUCCUGCUCCUGCAUUGCUGCAGGCGCCACCAAAUACCUCUCUGAAACGCAGGGCAGGAAGGAAGAAGUUCAACGAAACCCGUCAUCCGGUAUACCGAGGUGUCAGGCGAAGAAAUGGAGAUAAAUGGGUGUGUGAAGUGCGUGAACCGAACAAGAAGUCGAGAAUUUGGCUUGGGACAUUCCCUUGCCCUGAAAUGGCAGCCAGGGCUCAUGAUGUUGCUGCGCUUGCACUCAGAGGUGAACUUGCGCAGCUUAAUUUUCAUGAUUCUGCUUGGUUGCUUCCCCGACCGGACUCUUCUUCUCCUAGGGAUAUACAAAAAGCAGCUCUUGAAGCUGCAGAGGCUUUUAGGCCUGCCAUGUCCAUGUCUUCUACUAACUCUUCUUUAGAGCCUCCUACGUUGUUUAAGGAUGAAGAGGAGUUGUUUAAUAUGCCAGGGUUGCUGGACAGCAUGGCAGAGGGCUUGAUGGUUACGCCGCUUGGUAUGCAAAGAGGGCUUGAUUGGGAUAGCGUGGAUUGCUCUACGGACUUCACUUUGUGGAUGGACUAAAGUAAUAAGACUAUCUAUCUCCGUGGCUGGACAGCAUAAUUACAUGCAUGCGGCUUUAGGGAUUUGUUCAUGGUGUCAUUCAUGGAUGGAAUAUGAGUAUAGAAGGAAUAAGUUUGCACUAAAGACCAGAGGGUAAUCACAUUAAUUUAUAGUUGAACAAACUCCAUCUAACUACUAUUUUGUUGGGAUAACUGAGAUAUCAACUGUUGAGAUGCUUAUAAUUUUUCGUAUUGGUUUUAUAUAUAUUGUAUCUGUAUAAGCGGUGGAUAGCCAUAACAAUUGUUUUAAAGGAAAAAAAAAAUAUUAAUGAUGGUGGGCACUUCCUAGCUAA